AUGUCCUCCAAACGCGCUUCAACUGCUCCAGCAGCACCGAAACCGCCAACAUCGCUCUCCCCAACCCUCACAAUAGCUGAGCAUGCCUCCCUAGUCGGUUCCUACCUCAUAACUCUUGGUGCGAAUACUGUAGUCCACCCAAGGGCGAAGCUCAACUCGACGUACGGACCCAUCACUGUAGGAAGCAACUGUAUAAUCAGUGAGCGGAGUAUGAUAGGUCUACAAGGUCGAGGAGCAGAUGGAGAAGGGGUCGUUAUCGAGGACGGAGUCAUUGUAGAAGUCGGGGCAACUGUAGAGUCGAAAGUUAUCGGCGAGGGAUGCGUGAUUGAGGUCAACGCUAAAGUUGGACGAGGUUCUCUAUUGGGAACGCAUUGUAAAAUUGGUCCCCUCUGCGAGGUAGCGGAAGACGAAGUAUUGCCGGACUACACGGUCUUGUUUGCAAAUGGAAUGCGCCGUAUAGACAACAGUGGAGUAGAAGAUCUGAAGCUCAAGAUGGUGGCACGACAAAUAGAUGUUCUAAGGAGAUUAAUACCCAGCAACUUGACUAAAUUUCAAUAA